ACCAAAGCUAGGGUUAGAGAAAAAAAAUGUUGUUUAUGAUCCCAAAAUUUGAAUUUAGAUGGGAGUGACCUAUAAUAAUAAUACGUCUGAGUGAUUAAAGAAGAGAAUGGCAUCAUCAUCUUCAUCAGACUCUUCAGCUCCUCAAACCCCACAACUCAGAAAAGACUCCGUGACAAACCGGUGGGUGAUAUUCUCACCCGCCCGAGCCAAGCGACCUUCAGACUUCAAAUCCAAGUCCCCUGUCAAUCCCAACCAACAACACCAACAACAAUGUCCCUUCUGCAUCGGCCACGAGCACGAGUGUGCUCCCGAGAUCUUCCGGGUCCCGCCGGACAACCCGGACUGGAAACUCCGGGUAAUCCAGAACCUCUACCCCGCGCUCAGCAGAGACAUCCCUGCUGCUGAAGAAGGAAAUAACUCGGAUUCGGGUCGGGUUGUGGUGAAUGGGUUUGGGUUCCACGACGUAGUGAUUGAGACCCCUGUUCAUUCGGUUCAGCUUUCUGAUUUGUCCCCGAGAGAGAUCGGUGAGGUUCUUGUUACGUAUACGAGGAGGAUCAAGCAGCUUAUGAGCUACGAUUCCAUCAAAUACGUCCAGGUGUUUAAGAACCACGGUGCUUCAGCUGGGGCAUCAAUGAGUCACUCUCACAGUCAGAUAAUGGCUCUUCCAGUUGUUCCUUCUGCUGUUGCUACCCGACUUGGCAGUAUGAAGGAGUAUUUUGAUCAGACUGGGAAAUGUAGUGUCUGUGAAUCUAACUCAAAGGAUCUACUGAUUGAUGUUUCAGCCCAUUUCAUUUCAAUUGUACCUUUUGCUGCUACAUUUCCAUUUGAGAUGUGGAUCAUUCCUCUGGAUCACUCUUCUCAUUUCCAUGAGCUAGAUAGCGAGAAGGCAGUUGAACUUGGAGGGAUCCUAAAACUCGUGCUUAGGAAGAUGUCUUUGCAGUUGAACAAUCCACCGUUUAAUUUCAUGGUUCAGACUUCUCCACUUGGGGAUAAUGCUUCACAGUUACUUUACUCCCAUUGGUUCAUGCAGAUAGUUCCUCAAUUAAGUGUUGUUGCUGGGUUUGAAAUGGGAACUGGGUGUUACAUAAACCCAGUCUUCCCAGAGGAUGCUGCAAAAGUUUUGAGGGAAGUAAAAGUUUCACCUUCGGAGUGAAGCAAUGAAAAGUACUGGGAAUUUUAUGCUUCUAAAAAUAAAAAUUUGAAAAUUGAGAACAUUACUAAUUUGUAUAAGAAAACCAAUGUGUUUCUAUAUUGGUAGAGUUUAUUCAUUUUCCCCCUGAAUAUCUGUAUAGUUCAUAGAAUCUCUCCUCUAUGUGUAGGGAAGAAGGGUGGGGUGAAGUUCUCAUCAUGUGACAGUAGCUUGUACUUUUCACUUUCAGUCGUUACAUGUGACCUUGGUGCACAAACUUUUUUCUUCUUUUCUAAGUUUAUUUUCUAUUUUUA